UGGAUAAUUUAAUUUUGUUCAUUGGUACGUAUAAUUGACCUCAUUCCAAUUGGUUCUUAGCUUAAUGCCAAUGACAUCUCCUCAACUACUUAGCCAAAGUUAAUGAAAACACGUAUAACACUAUUUUAUCUUCACUUUUACUUUAAACUUCGUACUAUCGAGAACCUAAUUAUUCUCAGAACAAAAAAACAUUGUAGAAUUGAAGACUUGAAGUGAAUCAUUGUGUGCCACCUAAUAAUGAUUGCUUUGUGAGGAAUGAUCCGGUCGUGUAAUAUAUAUUUCUAGUCACAUCACAUUUUCUUAACACCAAUGCUCCACAUUUCAAUGUCCUUUUUUUUUUUUUAAGAAGAGUGUGUGAUUGUGUGUGUGCUGCUGCAUGAAUUGACGAGCCGGAAAAUUAGGCCGUGCCCAGAGAAUCAAAGGGUCAAGUGAAAAUUUUGGUCUUAACAAUGUCAGAUUAUUGUACGGAGGAGGAAAGUGUUGAAUCAAUCAGAAGAAGCCUUAGUGAAAUAUCAGAGGAAGAAACAGUGAGAUUCAGUGUUGAUCUUGUGGCUGCUGCAAGGCAUAAUCUUGGGUUCUUGAGGCUGGUGGCUGAAUCUGAUUGGCUUCACCACAAGUCCACCAUUGUUGAAUCCAUCCGAAGAUAUGAUCAGCUAUGGAUGCCACUCAUCUCUGACCUUACUAUGGGUUCUUCAACCUCAAGCCCUCCUCCUAGGUUGCUUCCUCCUCUUGAUGUUGAAUGGGUUUGGUUCUGUCACACCCUGAAUCCGGUCAGUUAUAGGGAGUAUUGUGAGUCAAAAUUCUCGAAGUUAAUUGGGAAAGCGGCCAUCUUUGACGAGGAAAAUGAAGAGUAUGCUGUGAACAGAUGCAGAGAAAUUUGGGAGCAAAGAUAUCCAUCUGAGCCUUUUGAGAACGAGUAUGAUUUCGAUUCGGAAACUCCCUAUGUUGUAAAUGAAGAUAUUCUGAAUCAAGUGACCAAGCAAAGGCAUUUACACUCCAAAUUCAGUGAGCCAUUCAGGUCGGAAGUUGUGUAUUUGAUGGCAGCAAGGCAGAGGUAUAAAGGCUUCCUGUACAGUAUGAGCAGAGUUGCUGGAAGGUGCUGCCAUUUGGUGCCCACUUCAGAUAUUCUAUUGAUGUUGCUUACCCAUCAGAGCUAUCCUACAGCAUAUGCUGUAGACUGUACGGAGUUCGAAGGGCACAUCAAGAAGGUGUCUUGUUCAUGGGAUACUGUGAAGGAAGACGCAAUAGCAGAAACAAAAGAUCUUUGGGAGGAAGUUUUUGACCAACCAUAUGAGAAAGCUGGUUGCUUAGCCAUUGGCAGAAGCAAUGUCAAACUACCUUUAUAUUGGGAUGUCACGGAUAUUGAUGUCAACACUAAGUACAAGUCUCUGAUGCCAAGGUUCUUACUUGAGUUUUGUGUAUCAGUGAAGUUAAAGGGAAAGCCAAGCGUGAUGACGAAGAGAGAUAUCUCAAACAAGAUUCUUCGUCUUCGAUUUGCUAGAUGUCAUAAGGAACUAAGAUUGGAUAAACCAGUAGUGGAGUUUAAAUCAGGGUCAUGGCAUAAAGCUUGGCAUCUUUACUGCGAGUUUGGGACUAAAGGAGCAACACUUGAACUUCGUGAGAUAGGAGGCCUCUUGUUUAAACGGGAUACCAGACUUAGCACCCUUACAUUUCUUUGGAAUGAUCUACUACGGACUCGCACUCUUUCUUUCUCAAAAGAAAUUGAUGACCUGAUUAGAGCAGAUGCUUCAAUCACUCCACCUGUUCAAGCACCCUACUUGUUGAAAUGCGUUUCAGACCGGGUCACGGAUGAUUCAGGAACGAUGAUAUCAGAUCUUAUCCUGAAAAUGAACCAAUAUCGACCUCAGGAAGGACGGUGGCUGUCACGGACAGUCCUUGAUCAUGCAGGAAGAGAGUGUUUCGUGAUUCGAAUGAGAAUGGGAGGAGGCAUUUGGAGGAGAGGUGGAGAGACACCUUCAGCAGUGAGAUGGGAGGACAGGAUCACGGAGAUUCGCGAAGGUUCUUGGUCCUAUGUUGCUAGUUCGAUUGGCAAGGCUCCUGAGAAAGUUGUAGGGACUGCAACACCUCAAGAACCUACUGAAGGAUGGCAGGCUUCAUGGAAUUUGUCGACAGGGGAUGAACUAUUAGUAUCUCGUGGAUCAACGACCUCUACUUCUGGUUUCUACUUUGAAGUGAAAGACAAGAACUCUACGGAUACAAAGGUAAGGUUGUUGAAAGGGAGGAAAAUGCAGUAUCAAGACAAGAAGUUUAGCUUAGAGGAUCAUCAACUAGAAGACCAAGAAGAUGAUGAUGAUGACGACGAUGGUUUUGUAACGUUAGUGAGAUUCUCUGAGGAGAACCCAACUGGAAAAGCAACAGCACUCCUAAACUGGAAGUUACUAAUGGUGGAAGUCUUGCCUGAAGAAGAUGUAGUAUUGGGACUACUUCUGUGCAUAUCGAUAUUAAGAAGCAUAUCAGAAAUCGAGAAAGAAGACGUAGGGAACCUGUUGAUCAGGAGAAGGAUAAGAGAACCAAAGAUUGGCGAAAAGGAUUGGGGAUCGGUGAUGCUCCAUCCAUCUUCAUAUUCAGAGGUGAUGCCGUCCUGCAUUUCUUCGCCGUUCCUCCAACCUUGGUAUUGGAAUGCCAGAGCAGUAAUGGGUUCACAAAUGAUGAUGAAUAAUGUAUCACGGCAGCCACCUGGUGUGAACCUUAACUACUCACCUGCAGAAGGUGGAGAUAAAUUGUACAAGAGCGGCAUUUUUGCUCGGAAAAUGUAGGUGGAAUAAGUUUUGUACUACAACAAAAUGAAAUCAGAAUGUGUUGAACCUGUUAAGAGGGGCUGAGAGUAUACAUUAUUAAUCCAUAGAGAACGUUUGUAAUUGAUGCGCGGUAAUUUGGAAAAUCAAAUCUUCGUGAGGAUUUCAUUUGCGCAACUCAAUCUCGUUGAAGAAAUGCAGGAGUAUUGAGAUGCAAUUUACAAGGAACAUUACUUGGUGCAAAAAAAAGGA